AUGAGCAAGAAUGAUGUCAAUAACAGUAAGAGCAGUAAAAGCAAGAGCAAGGCUCCUGAAUAUUCUAUGAGACCAUCUCCUUCCUCAUCACCUACCAAGGAGUGUCAAUUUAGGCCAACUGAAGUAACAGUGCCAAGCCAUGUAUACCCAUACCCUCCAACCUCAGCGUCGAUGAGUGCAACUCACCAUGUUUCAUCGUCAUCUUCUUACUAUCCUCCAGCACCACCUCCAUCGGCAUUGGCAUCGUUCCCACAUCAUCCCAUCUCUUCCUAUGCUGUAGGCGCAGAUCAUCAUUAUUAUGCAUCAUCACAAUCCACGCCAACUUCAAGCUACCAGUUUCCACCACCACCACCCACACCAAUUGAUUUGGCAGCUUGGGAUCAGCAAUUCAACAAAUCACAAAAGUCCAAAAGAAAAAGUCCUGACACUGCACAUCCGUACCACCAUCCGCAACAUAGCAUCAAGCACGAACCUUCUUCUUCCAGCACAACAUCAUCCGCAUCGCCCGUAAAAGAGCGUAGGCAUCGUAAGCAGCCACAUGAAUUGCUCAGUGAAUCACAGAAAAAAGCCAACCAUAUUGCAUCUGAACAAAAACGAAGACAAAACAUUAGAAUUGGAUUUGAUCAGCUUAUUGAUAUUGUGCCCUCCUUAAACCACGGCAAUCGAAGUGAGGCAUUGAUACUACAAAAAUCUGUAGACCAUAUCCGAUACUUGAUAUCCAUGAAGAAUGAGCUUAAAAACCAGGUUCGAGAUCUUCAAGGGACAUUGGGUGAAACGUAA